AUGUGCAGAUCGUUUGCUAAUUUUGCGGCAAAAUGGAAUCCCACCCCAGAAACACUACUCUCAUGGUCCCGCGAUAAUUGUGAUAAAAUCCAGCCACGACCUGCGGAUAUGAGCUGCGCUGAUAUUGUGCAGUUUGUAUCGGAUUGUAAUUAUGUAGCGGGCACACAUCCCGGUUCCCUGGAAGCGGAUAGGUUGACGAUGCAGCAGGCUCGACAGCAGUACUAUCGUGAUACGAAUGUCCCGCAGGAGUUGGGAAAGUACACAUGGUACAAUCGACAGACGACAAUCGAUUAUGGUAGACAUGGAAAUUGGUACUACCCCAAUUACUACCUACCGUCCUUCAUUUCCGGUUGGUAUGACGGACAUCCAGAAAGUGUACAACAAUUGAGAAACGAUUAUCGUUUCUCAAAAGGCGGCAACUAUCCUUAUAUGAGAGCUGACAACGUGGUAAACAUUGCCCUCCAACAAACUUCCCUGCCAACCUGCCUACACGAUUUGUUCUACUGCCUCAGGGCCCAGUAUCAAAGCCCUUAUGCGCAGAGGUAUCGCAAAAUGAAGGAAGAACAAUGGACAAGACGC